UCAGCAAACGAGGAUUCAGUGUCAGAUCCUUCGGAACAGGGACGCACGUGAAACUGCCAGGACCAGCCCCGGACAAGCCAAAUGUUUAUGACUUCAAAACAACAUAUGAUCAGAUGUACAAUGAUCUGCUUAGGAAAGACAAAGAACUAUACACACAGAAUGGAAUUUUACACAUGUUGGACAGAAAUAAGAGAAUCAAGCCACGGCCAGAAAGAUUCCAGAACUGCAAAGAUGUUUUUGAUUUGAUCCUAACAUGUGAAGAAAGAGUCUAUGAUCAAGUAGUAGAAGAUUUAAACUCCAGAGAGCAGGAGACAUGUCAGCCAGUCCAUGUGAUCAAUGUGGACAUUCAGGAUAACCACGAGGAGGCCACACUUGGUGCUUUCCUUAUCUGUGAGCUCUGCCAGUGUAUACAGCACACAGAAGACAUGGAAAAUGAAAUAGAUGAGCUGUUACAGGAAUUCGAAGAGAAAAGUGGAAGGACUUUUCUUCACACUGUCUGCUUUUAUUAAAGCACAUCUGUCUCUUAGGCCUUAACACAGAUGAGGGAAGCAUGUGUUUAAAGUUCUGAUUAUACUGUAUUUUCCUGGAAGAUGAAUAUUGAUCUUUUAUUUGUUUGUUUGUUUCCAAACUUCCUUUUCAGUGUCUUUUUUGUUUCAGGUGUUCUGUCCAAGGUAGGCAGAGCUGCUGGUUGGGUUUGUACAUAUGACUUGAUGGAAAGUAUACACGAAGGCCACCUAUUUAAAACUGAAAAAUCAAGGUCUUCUUUAAACCCUACUUUAAUUCUUUACAAGUAGGUUUUUAAUGAUAAAGAGAAUGUUUCUUGAAUAUAAGUUUAUAAUGUAUUUUUUCCAGCUUACAAAUUUAUUUUAUUUCAGUUGUGCUUUUGGGUUUGUUUUGGGUUUGUUGUUUUUGGUUUUUUUAUUUUAUGAUUUUCAUGUGACAGAAUGGCUGAACUCAGUGAGGAUAUGAAUGGAACAAGAUAAAACUCAUGAGUAUCUGUAUAUUAUUAGCUAUAAAGUUGGAAGCAUACAAUAAAAAUGAAAAGCCUCCAAGUUUGUCUUGUUUCAGAA